CACACAACACUUUUUUCUAUGGACGCGAGUAAUCAAAUGGAAGUAAAACAAGAAAUUAGUGAGGAAUCUUGUAAAGUAGAAAUAGAGUAUAAUGACUUGGAUGAGACUCUUCUGGAUGGCGUCAAAUGUGAAAUUAAGGAGGAAUCCAAUGGGCAAAGUACACAUGGCACAUAUUAUGAUUAUUUUGACUUAAUUAAAUGUCCCAUAAAAACUGAAAUAGAACAUGGAAAUGAACUUAACCCAUUUGAAAAAAACCAAAAUACUGAUAAAGGUUAUCUCCAAAAUGAACACGAAACGGAAAUUAUGGACACACUAAUUGAAGAUUCAUCUAACGAAGGGAAUUAUAUGACUCAAGGCGCUAAAGGGAAAACAUCAAACACAAAUAUGAUAGUUGCGACUGAACAAAGACCUUACAAGUGUGAAAUUUGUUUAGCAGAGUUUAUUACUAAAAGUAGGUUAAAAAGGCAUUUAACAGUGCACACUGGGGAAAAACCCUACAAGUGUGAAAUUUGUUUAAAGCGGUUUUCUCAGGCAGCUACUGUGAGAACACAUUUGAGAGUGCACACUGAAGUAAAGUCUUAUAAGUAUAAGUGUGAAAUUUGUUUACAACAGUGUAUUACUGCAAGUUACUUAAAAAUACAUAUGAGAGUGCAUACUGGAGAAAAACCAUACAAGUGUGAAUUUUGUUUUAUGCAGUUUUGUCAGACAGGUCAUUUGAAAAGACAUUUGAGAGUGCACACUGGGAAAAAACCUCACAAGUGUGAGAUUUGUUUAACGCAGUUUAAAACUGUAGGUAAUUUAAAAAGUCAUUUGAAAACACAUUUAAGAGGACAUGCUGAAGAAAAACCUUACAAGUGUGAAAUUUGUUUAAAACGAUUUAGUCAAUCAUGUAAUUUUAAAUCACAUUUGAGAAUGCACACUGGAGAAAAACCUUACAAGUGUGAAAUUUGUUUUAAGCGGUGUAGCAGAUCAGAUGAAUUGAAAUCACAUAUUAGAAUACACACUGGGGAAAAACCUCACAAGUGUGAAAUUUGUUUAAAACGAUUUAAUACUGCAACUCAUUUGAAAAGACAUUUGAGAACACAUACUGGAGAAAAACCUUACAAGUGUGAGGUAUGUUUAACACAGUUUAGAACUGCAGGUAAUUUGAAAUCACAUUUGAGAGUGCACACAGGAGAAAAACCUCACAAGUGUGAAAUUUGUUUUAAACAGUUUUCUUGGGCAGGUUCUUUGAAAACGCAUUUGAGGGUGCAUACUGCAGAAAAAAACUAACUAGUGUGAAAUUUCUUUAAAACAGUUUAAUACUAUAAGUCAUUUCAAAAUACAUUUGAGAACACAUGCUGAAAAGAAAUUUUGGAUGCUGGUGUAGUAUUAUACACUUAUCUAAGAAAUUAACGCACCACCUUAAAAAUUGGUCUUUUUAAUGUCUCAUAUUUCCUAAACCUGUUGUCCGAUUGAAGUGAUUUUUUAACAUAUUAUAUAGCCUUAUUCUUUAACAAUAUCAAAGCAUAAUAUACUCUCCUAGAAGAGUACUACCCGGUAACGUUUCAGCAUAGGAUUUUGUGUUCUUACUGAGUAGUUGCAUGUGACCUGACAACGACUACGGAGCUUGCGCGAUCUCCUUACCACCGCGACCAACACCCCUCGUCAACAAGCCUGCAACUGCCUGUUCUAAAAAAUGUGGAAGAGUGGAGCAACUUCCUUUAGCAAUUUAGAUACAGGAAAAUAUUCAAUGAAAUAAUUUCGAAAAUGUUCUAAAAAGUUUAACUAAAAAAAGUCUUGACAAACUUGAAAUUUUUGGUCGAAUGUAUUUUGAAAUUUUUUAAAAAAGUUUCUUGGAUGAUUUUUUUGGACAGGAAUAAAUUAUAACAAAGAGUUACGUGUCGGUUUUUCGUUGUAUUGAAACAAAAUCAUUUUUAUUAGGGAACUUGCAUAAAAUUUUAAAUUGGAAAAAAAUGUUAUAAAUCAACAGAACAUAAUUUAAAACAUGUAUUAAUGAUAAAAAAGUUUUGUUUGUCUUUCGUUUUUCCCCUAAAGACGAUUAAAAAUUCAAAUUAUUCCAGCCAGCAAAAAACGCGUCGUGACGUCAUAUGGUUGUGCGUUUACAUUUUACACCAAAAAGUAAACAAAAUUGUAUAUAAUUUUAAAUUAGACAUUAUAAACGUCAGUAGAAAAUACAGUUAUGUGACGUUAAAAGUGUUUUUGAUCGUUUGAACUAUUCAUAGAAAAUUUGUACUUUUACAAAAUGGUUUUGGUAUAUAUUAUUACAACGACAUACGAUAAAUGUCAUUAGAAUAUAAAUAUUUUUCUUUUAUUCCCCGACGACGAGCUGGCCAAAUACCCAAGUAGGUGGAGGCCAAUAAACUAAGGAAGGAGAAGAAGAAUAUACCUAAAUAUAACGCUGUGUCUAGGUACACGCUAACGUGUAAGCAAAUAAAAAAGUUAGAGUGUCAUAGUGUUCGUAAUUCUAGGUAUAUGCAAUGGUACACGUAAUAGGAAUAGAAUUCAAUUACCUUUAAAUUGGUCUACUGUAUAACGUUGUACGACUUUUUUAAAGAGA